GAGAAACACUGAUGCUGGGCCGCCCUGCUGUCAGUACAACUGCGUGCACACACAGAGAGAGAGAGAGAGAGAGAGAGAAGAGAAAGAAAGAGCGCUCGGAGAACAGCGCGUGUGGAGAGCGGCUGGUGAGUGAGAUUUAAAGGGCUUCUCCAGGCAACCGGCCGGUCAGGAGCAUAGCUACACUGGGACCGUGUUACAGGAAAUAUCCGGUGCAUCAUUCCAACAUUGAGCUCCGGUAUGGACUAGCGGCUUCAUUCAUACAGCAGCGCGCGGCGGAGCGUCUGUUUGUCGGUAACAUGCCGCAGGCUUCCUAAAAGCAGACCUCGCCGUUCAGUCCGGUUUGUUUUUGUUCUCGUGGAUUAAACUUGUGUCCGGGAUGGGGAAGGAGCAGGAGCUGCUGGAGGCGGCGCGGACAGGGAAUGUGGGGCUGGUGGAGAAGCUGUUGAGUGGGAAGAAAGGAUUGCUGGGAUCGGGCUCGGGCUCCAUACCUCUGCCUGGGUUACUCAGUAUGUGGAGAGGCGUCAAUGUGAACUGUGCUGACAGCUCAGGAUACACACCCCUGCACCACGCGUCUCUGAACGGACACAGGGACGUGGUGUUGAAGUUGUUGCAGUUUGAAGCCUCUACUAAUGUGGCAGACAGUAAGGGCUGUUUUCCUCUGCAUCUGGCCGCAUGGAGAGGUGACAUGGACAUAGUCCAGAUACUGAUCCACCACGGGCCGUCCCACAGCAGAGUUAAUGAGCAGAACCAUGAAAAGGAGACGGCUCUGCACUGUGCGGCUCAGUACGGUCACUCCGAGGUGGUCCGUGUUUUGCUGCAGGAGCUGACAGACCCCAGCAUGAGGAACAGUCGAGGAGAAACGCCACUGGACCUGGCCGCCCUGUAUGGCCGCCUGCAGGUGGUCUGCAUGUUGCUUACCGCCCACCCCAACCUCAUGAGCUGCAAUACAUGCAAACACACACCUCUACAUCUGGCCGCACGAAAUGGCCAUCAUGCCACCGUUCGAGUGCUGCUAGAGGCCGACAUGGACGUUAACACACAGACAGAGAAAGGGAGUGCUCUCCACGAAGCCGCUCUCUUUGGAAAGAUGGAUGUAGUUCAGCUACUGCUUGACUCAGGGAUUGAUGCCAGCAUCAGAGAUUGCCAAGGAAGAACUGUUCUAGAUAUUCUAAGAGAACAUCCAUCUCAGAAAUCACAACAAAUUGCUUCUCUCAUACAAGAUUAUAUGAUGUCGGAUUGUGACGAAGGGAAUUUUCAUGAAGAUUUUGCCCAUCAGCGUCCAAUACCGACACCACGCACAUCAAUACCCUCACCUGUGCCCUCUCCAUCUCUACGGCAUAAAAAUGACGCAGUAACGGGGGAGUUGUCCAAGUUGCUGAAUGAAAUAAAGAUCUGCCGUGAUAAGGAUUGCUCCUUUGAGGAGCUGUGUCAGACCAUCUCUUCUCACUCUCAGUCCAUGGAAAGCUUCGGCAGUGGGCGGCUGUCUGACGAGGAACGAAACGGCACACUCACUCGAAUAAACAAGCGACCCACUCCCCCGUUGCCCCCAGCGAUGGAAGAGGAGGAAAAGAGCUGCGGACCAUCAGGCCUGUGGGAGGCACUCACUCCCUGCAACGGCUGCAGAAACCUGGGCUUUUCUCAGACAAACAGGCAGCAGGAGGACAAGCGAUGUGCUGAAAUUGCCCAUUCUCCAUCCCUGGAUGUGUUUUUACCAGAAGAUGAGGACAACCCUUACGAGUCAGUGGCUACAGCUGUCACACGCAAACCCUGCUCUCUGGACAUCCACCUCCACAACGCCUGUCCUCGCAACGGCCACUUCUCACAUGUGUCGGUCAGUGAUGCUGAGCUAGGUAACCAUGGUGAUGAUUCUACAGGCCUGACUCCUGACUGCUCACCUCCUUCACCUGAUACUGCCCUGAGGAACAUUGAGAGAGUCAUCCGCCCCCAGCCAAAGCAACGGACCUCACUGUCCUCCUCCCAGGACGUCCAGAAACCCCUGCAGAAUCACAGCGGUGAUCCUUCGGAGGUCAGUUCAUCACUCGGCUACGCCAGUUUCACCACCAGCCCCCCUGCCAGCCCUCCCAUCAGCCCUGCCAACUGCUCCAUUGGAUCCGCCGAAGAGUACAGCAUCACUGAUGAGGCAGCGCACCAGAAGGAGUGCAUAGAGCGAGACGACCGGAGAAAUAGCCACGUUCCCGAGCAGUUCGCCGGCCUCCUCCACGGCUCGUCUCCUGCCUGUGAAUCCCCUGACAACCCUUAUCAACUCUACGGAAAAGUGCGAAAGUUCAGUGUUCCUGAGCCUCCGCUCCGGCACGGGAAUUUUCUCAGAGCUCCUGAGUACUCGCCCCCAUUUCCUCGCACCGGCAGCGAGGCGUCUGCCCUGAAGACCCAGAAAGAAGCCAAACCACAGAUAGUCUACAGGACGAUUUUUCACACCCGGGUCAACCAGGGCCCGUUAACUCUCACUGAAUCGGGCAACAAGAGCACCGGGGUGCAUGUGAGCAACGGGGAGGUCCGGAGCAAAAGCACGGGCGGCUCUAGCCCAGCAAGCAGCAAUACCGGCUACGAGGAAAGAGCCUGCACUCUUGGGAGGAUGAGGUCCAUGCCUAAAAAUGUUUUGGACCUUCAGCUGUCCAGAAAUUUCUCCAAAUCAGACUCAAACUUGGUGGCCGUGUCUCCUAUUGAGGAGGAGCAAUGGAGUUCCAGGGGGCAGAACAGCCCUGGUAAAAGCAGCCCCAACAGACUAGAAAGAACCCCCUCCUUUACAGCAGAGUGGGAAGAGAUUGACAAGAUUAUGAGCUCCAUAGGUGCUGGAAUUGGCACAGAGUUGGAGGGGAUUACGGAGGAUCACUCAGGCCCCCGCUGCCCCGUCCAGUCCGUGGGACAGUGGCUGGACAACAUCGGUCUCGUGCAGUACGAAAACCACCUGCUGUCUAACGGCUUCGACAACGUUCAGUUUAUGGGUAGUAAUGUCGUGGAGGACCAGGACCUGCUAGAGAUCGGGAUUUUAAACUCUGCCCACAGACAGCGAUUUCUUCAGGCUAUUCGCCUGCUCCCCAGGGUGCGGCCCAUCGGUUACGAUGGAAAUAACCCCACCUCAGUGGCAGAAUGGCUGGAGUCUCUGGAGCUGGGAGACUAUACCAAGUCUUUCCUCAUCAACGGCUACACCUCCAUGGAGCUGGUCAAGAAGAUCUGGGAGAUUGAGCUCAUUAAUGUUCUAAAGAUUAAUUUGAUCGGCCACAGGAAAAGAAUACUUGCUUCACUUGGAGAUCGACUGCACGAAGACCCUCCACAGAAACCACCACGGGCCAUCUCCCUAAGGGAGCCCACCGGGAACCACACUCCACCUCAGCUGUCCCCGUCUCUGAAUCAGGCCUACCCUAACGCCGGCUCCCUGGACGUCCAGCAUCUCAUCAUGCAGGCCGACGCCAGACGCAGACGCAACGACAACUACUUCGAGGACGUGCCGCGCUCCAAACUAGAGAGACAGAUGGCACAAGUCAGUAUGCAAGGGGAAUGGUGCGAGCCAAUCACAUUACGGCCUCCGAACGAGGCGACGUCAUCUACGCCGGUGCAGUACUGGCAGCACCAUCCAGAGAAGCUUAUAUUCCAGUCAUGUGACUAUGAAGCAUAUUAUCUGGGCUCUAUAUUGGUGAAGGAGCUGCGCGGCACAGAGUCCACGCAUGAUGCCUGUGCAAAAAUGAGGAAGUCUACAGAACAGAUGAAGAAGAUUCCCACCAUAGUACUGUCUGUCUCCUAUAAGGGCGUCAAGUUUAUUGAUGCCACUAACAAGAACAUUAUAGCCGAGCAUGAGAUCAGGAAUAUCUCGUGUGCCGCGCAGGACCCUGAAGAUCUGUCCACGUUUGCGUACAUCACCAAGGACUUGAAAUCCAGCCAUCAUUACUGCCAUGUGUUUACAGCUUUUGAUGUGAAUCUGGCCUAUGAGAUUAUCCUGACAUUGGGCCAGGCGUUUGAGGUGGCGUAUCAGUUGGCCCUCCAGGCCAGAAAGAGCGGCCACGGGUCAUCCACUCUGCCAGAGAGCUUCGACAGCAAACCCUCCAAACCUGUCCCUAAACCUCGCGUAAACAUACGCAAGUCUGUGAGUCAUGCCCCCUCUAGCCGCUGGUCCCUGGGGCAUAUUUUCACCCCGCACAGGACUCCUCUUAAUCCUUCUCCUCUUCCUCCUAUCUCACGACUCCUCCAUCAUCCACACAAAGUUCAAUUUCAGAUGGAGCAGCCCUCAAUGGAUCAAAAGGGCCACGCCAACGUCCCCUGGAUAGUCGAGCCAGGACAGGAAGCCAAAAGAGGAGCAAACACCAAGGCAAUGGCGGACGCCCAUGUCUAUUACAGUGGAAUUCAGAGAAUGUAGCCUGCCCCUAACAUGGACCCUCACUCUCACACGCAUUGCAAAAACGGACCACAAAUACGGAACCUAAAAGCGUCACCGGAGCCUCUCGUAUCGCACUUGUAAGGAUUCGCACAAGGACUUUUUCGCCUGGGACUUGGCUUUCGCGUACAAGGACCGUCGACAUGGACCCGUGGCCUUUUAACGAAACACUCGCAUGCGCUCGCACACACACACACUGCAUAAAAACAAUAGGAGGAGACUGUGGAAUUGGAAUGUACACUUUUCAAGAGGCAGCGAUUCGAAUCGCGUUCUGAAGGAUUUUGUCGUGUGAGAAACGGACUUGGGAAAGACUCGGACGACUACACUGACUUUUCACCGAAUAUCUAGUCCAAAAUACCAUGGCAUGUCUGGGCUGGGAUGAAAAUGGACAUUUACAUGAAUUGCUGUAUUUUUUCCUUUUCUGUUUUCUUUGUUUCUUCCUUCUUUUCCUUAUUUCGUUUUUUUUGUGGUUAUUGAUCUAAAAAAUAUCAAUAUGCACAAUGUGAAUGGACUCACUGCAGUAGACAACAAUGAAAUGGACACGUCUCGUGCCAAAAUCACUACGGAGUGGUUGUUGACGUAAUUGGUGACGCCAUGCAGAUUAAUAUCCAUAUAUUGGCAAGAAAUUUUACUGUUUAAUAGAGAACUAUAUUACCAUUACUGUAAUAUUUACAAUUAUUAUAAUUAUUCUUCUUAUUGUGCAAUUCUCGUCUGAUGUCGUCUUAAUGUUACAUUAUUUUUUUAUGACACGUUGAGCUCGAAUACGCAGCCAUCCGAGAAAACUAAACAAAUAUUAUUCUAGUAAUACGGAGGAUGUUCGAACGUGUGGAUGGCUCCACUUGUGUUUCAAAUGAAAAUAUAAAAACAAAUGUCUUAUUUUCACUCAUUGUCACUGUAGAAUUUUGCCACAGUUAUGUAAAUACAUAUUUUGUUGACUCAUUGUUCAUAUAUGUAAUAAAAAAAAACAAACAAAGAAAAAACAUGUAUUAAGAAUGAAAAAAACAAAAUAAUAAAUUGCAUUGGUAAACAAGGUACCAAAUUUGGCAGGUCAAAGUGCAACACAUUAAAACAAAACAACAGUAUGUGCAACGGGUGGAUUUGUGACAUCAUUGCUGACUAACAUAUGUGUAGAUAGGCUUGGGCUUCCAGCACACAGAUUUUGUAAGUUUGGUCUUUAUUUAUAUUCUUGCAAAGCACACAGAAUAAAUCCAGAUUGUAGAACCAUUGUUC